ACAUACAUAUAUUAUUAAAAUUUAUAUGAUAUCAUAUAGUCAUGACAACGACUUGAAAUACAAUGGAGCUUUCGAAGUCAUCGUGGCUUUUUAAUUGGCCAUUUUCUUAGCAUAUUUGAGCUGUGAGACUCCCCUCCUAGCUAAAAGAGAGUCUAUCCAGAGGUGGGUUUCUUGCUCCAUUAAUAAAAAUAAUAAUAAUUAAAGCCAUACAUCAUCAAUGGACAUAACCCUCUUCGCUAAUAUGAGUCCUAAACAACAAACUACUAGUCACCAUGAUCAUCAAUACUAUUUCAAUUCAAACACCUACACCAACACCACCAACGACAAGCACCAUGAUCAUCAUCAACAACACAUCAUCAUCACCACCAACAAUGAUCAGACCCUCUUGCUAGACGAUAUUAUGCAAACCACCAAUCAUCUUCCCCCCCUACCGGCCUCCACAAGCCUUUCUCCGGACUCGGCUUUGGGGUCGGCCGCCGCGGAGCCAUGGCCUUCCGCCUCAACCGGGAAAUGGGCUCCAAGGAUUCUCAAGGAGUGUGCUAAAGCGAUCUCAGAUAAGGAUUCUACUAAAAUCCACAACCUUCUUUGGAUGCUUAACGAGUUGGCAUCCCCUUACGGCGAUUGUGAUCAGAAAUUGGGGUCUUACUUCUUGCAAGCCCUCUUCUGCAAGGCCACGGAUUCCGGCCUCCGCUGCUACAAGACACUGACGUCAGUGGCCGACAAGACACGUUCUUUUGACUGUGCUAGAAGGUUAAUUCUCAAGUUCCAGGAGGUGAGUCCGUGGACCACCUUCGGACACGUGGCGUCCAAUGGAGCAAUCUUAGAGGCCUUAGACGGAGAACCAAAGCUUCACAUAAUCGACAUAAGCAACACGCUUUGCACUCAAUGGCCUACCCUCCUCGAAGCCUUGGCCACCCGAAAUGACGAGACGCCGAAGCUGAAGCUAACCGUCGUGGUCACCGCAGCCGCCUCGGCAGCCACUGGCGGCGGCGGUACCGGAUCGUCUGUGAUGAAAGAGAUAAGCCAGAGAAUGGAGAAGUUCGCGAGGCUUAUGGGAGUUCCUUUCGAGUUUAACGUCGUGUCGGAGCUGAGUCGGCUAGGCGAGCUGACGAGAGAGAGGCUGGGAAUUCAGGAUGACGAGGCGGUGGCCGUGAACUGUGUGGGAACGCUUAGGAGAGCCGAGGUAGAGGAUAGGGAGGCGGCGAUGAGGGCUUUUCUGUCUCUAAAGCCGAGAAUUGUGACUGUUGUUGAAGAAGAGGCAGAUUUCACAUCCACUAGAGAAGAUUUCGUGGGUUGUUUCGAAGAGUGCCUUAGAUUCUACACUCUUUACUUUGAUAUGCUUGAAGAGAGCUUCGGUAGGACGAGCAACGAGAAGCUGAUGUUGGAGAGAGAGUGCUCGAGAGGGAUCGUUAGUGUUUUGGCAUGUGAUGAUGAUCAAGAUUAUGAAGAUCAAUCAUUAGAUCAUCAAUAUCAUGAUCAACAAAUGAAUUGUGGUCCGGGAGAAGAAGGAAAUGAUGACCAAAAUAACGACAAUAAUAGUAAUAAUGAUAUUAAUGAUGGUAAUAAUAAUAACAACAACUUUAAGGAUGGUAGGACAAGAAGGAGAACUAAUACAACUAGUACGUGGGAUUGUAGCGAAAGGAGAGAGAAGGGAAAGCAAUGGAGUGAAAAGCUGAAACGGGGCUCGUUUCGGCCAGUUGGGUACAGCGACGACGUUUUGGAUGAUGUCAAGGCUUUGCUGAAGAGAUACCCACCUGGGUGGGGACUUGUUCAUCAUCAACCUCAGUCCAUUAUUAAUGGACCAGAUCAACGACAACAAGAACAGCAAGAACGACAAUUAUUAGUGUAUGAUGAUUCCAACUCUAUUACUUCUGCUUCUGCUGGAAUUUACUUAACAUGGAAAGAAGAGCCUGUAGUUUGGGCUUCAGCAUGGAAAAUCUAAUUGGUUGAUCAUCAUAUACAUAUAUAUUUCAUAUACGUUGAUGCCCUAGCAGAAUAAUAUAAUAAUUAGACCGACCAACUUUGAUGUAUAGCUAGAUAUAGCUAGAUUUUAAUAGUAGUGUUCAUCAUGCAUGUCGUGAUGAUGGUCAUUUGAUAAACAUUACUACUACCUAGCUAGACCUAGCUAUAUAACCAAAUAUAAGUUUUAUGUGUUGUUGAUAGUUAUAAUUAUAGCUAUUUCCAUAUGAUCUCCAUCCUUAUUAUAUGUUCUUUUUUUCUCUUCAUAUCUUAUUGUGUAAUCACCUUUUUCUAGUAUUGGCCUUAUGUUUGGGAGUUUGUGUUC